CCGGUGCGAGGUCAUGCAGGUAAAGUUUGGGUAGACCUGCUAGGGUAAACAGUGAGAAUGUUGGCUGCAGUGCACCGGUCAGAGUGUGUACUUUGUCUUAUCAUCUUGCACACAUUGGAUAGGGAUGACCUACUUUCAGUUUCUGUAUCGGCAUAGCAUCUGGACCCGCUAGAUUAUCGAUUGACGGAAGCAAGCCGCCCGUGCUCGCCGUCUCGGCAGCGGAUCGAAGAAAUUCCCACGGAUUUUUACUCUUUUCGGCACACGGAAGUGAAUGCUGUGGCAGCUUGGGGGUCUGUGGUCUGGAGCUCGAACGAAGAACCACCAUCGGAAUGGAGUAGUUUCAACAGAGUGCCUGGAUACUGCAAUGUGCAAUUCUCAUCAUAAUGUUACUUGGAUUACAAAGCUUUCUCUCUGGAUUGUAGUGAAGAGAUAGUGGAGUACUGGGGCAUAUUUUCUACCCCACUCGCGUUUCUGCAUCUCGUAUCUGUGCACUGUGGCUGUGGAGAUCAAAGGGAACCAAAAUGGCGUUCGCUCGUCGGAUAAUAAUGGAUCUUGUUUUGAUUGUCCUGUGUCUGUCUGUUGUCAGUGCACAAUGGCAGUAUUCGCUUCCUGAAGAAUCUCAGUAUGAUUUAUCCGAAAAAGCCUUUGUCCAAAAAUAUCGUCGUCAAGCAGAGACGACAGCGUAUGAUGAAAUAAUUACACAGCCUUCCCCAAUCCCCGAAGAUGCAGGCAGCGACACUGUCUUGUUUGAUUUCAACACAGUAACCAUCAGCAGUGAGGCAGCAUCCACCUUUACUUUCCAAGUUAUAGAGACAACGGACAGCGUUCCUCAGUAUGAGGGCCUGUUUGUUAUUGAGAAGAGACAGGUCCGUUUUGGACAUGCACUCUCAGACACAGAGAGACGGAAUUACUUUGAUUAUGAGCAGUAUCCCACAGUUGUCAUCAUUAUUGUAGCAACACAGGAGCUUGGAUUUCAUGAGAAAAAGUGGAUCAAGCUCUCCAUUCCCCUGGUGGAUGUCAACGAUGAGUCUCCAGUCCUCAAGAACAAGCCAUACCCAUACCAGGCAGCCAUCCCUCUUGAACCGGAGCCAGGCCACACAGUUUACGAACUGCUGGCAGAAGAUCCCGACACAAAUUCGGAACUGGAGUACCGUAUUGCUGAUGAAGCAGAUCCUGAUGUGAAGGCCUUCUUCAGGAUGGAGCAGGUGGUGGAGAAGGAUGGGACACCUGACAAGAUCGUCGAAGGACACAUCAAAGUGUCUCUGAGAACAGCUUUCACCGAAGGCAGAGAAUUUAACAUUCCAGUGACAAUCCGUGACAAGCAAGCGGUUGGUCAGGUCACCACAGCCACCAUCAAUGUUCUAGUUGGACCCAGACCACCUCAGUUCUUUCAAGAAAAAUAUGAGGGAUGGAUUUUUGAGACUGAGAGCACCAACAACCAAGUGUACACCAUGCCCGACCUAAACGGUGAAUUGAUCAUCCAAGUCCGCCAGUUCCAGGAUGGUUAUCCGAUGACAUUCCGAGUUCUAGAUGAAAACAACAGAGAAUCUACACAGUUCCGUAUUGAUGGAAACGGCCGCAUUUACAAUAAAGCUGCUUUGGACUUCGAUGUGCCGAGAACUCUCCGUCCCCCAAAGUCACGGCUGAUCAUAAAAGUUACAGAAACAUCAGAUUUUAAAAAUCUGGAAAAUACAGUUCCUUUGGAGAUCACCAUCAAGGAUGAAAACGACAAUGCCCCAAGAUUCCACUUGACUCAGUACAUGGAGACGGUGCGGGAAGACCUCAAUGUGGGAGAUACCGUCAUGAGAAUUUUUGCUGAUGAUCAUGACUCAGAUGACAAUGCUUUUGUCACGUAUGAAGUGGACAGCCCUUACUUUGACAUAAAGAAAGUCGGUAAUGAGGGAGUGAUCACCGUCAAGCAACGAUUAGACUUCGAUGCAGAGCCAGGCCCGAGGUAUCGCUUUGUGGUGUAUGCCAAAGACAACGGGGUGCCAGCACUGUCUAGCUCGGUGGAUGUGGCCAUCACCACAGAGAAUGUCAACGAUGAGGUGCCCACCAUCAUCUCGCCCGGCGUUCUGGUGCUGAGAGACGAGGUCAGAGGGGGAGGCUUCACUCUCACGAGACUGCGUGCCAGAGACGCCGAUGGAGACAAUGUUCGCUUCUACUUCAGUCCUCGCUCGGAGAGGUAUGAGAUCUUCAGCAUCAAGCCGUCAUCCGGAAUCAUCCAGGUAGUGGCUCCUGUCCCCGAGGACCGCGACUCCUACAUCCUGAAUAUCACGGCAGAAGACGAUGGCUCGUGCUGCGGCAGCAUCAAGACACUGCAGAGCGAGGCCUCCGUCACUGUGGAGAUCGUCGACUCGGUCAACCAGAAGCCUGUGUUCACAAACUGCCUCAACUACUCCAAUGUCGCGGGAUUUGAUGAAGAUAUUGAACCUGGGGAGCCUGUCAUUCAAGUGAGUGCGUCUGACCCGGACCGAGGCUUGAACGGCAUCGUGACCUAUUCCAUUGAGUCUCCCUCUCCUUCCCUGAGUGACGCGCCGUUCCAGAUUGACCCAGAGAGUGGGAAGAUCACCAUCAAGACAAAAGUCAACAGAGAGGCCUACAGGAAAGAUUUUAUACAGGUGACGGUGAAAGGUUCUGAUGGAGCCCAGAAUCCUCAAGAGGGAUGGUGCACAUUCCGAGUCAGCAUCAGGGAUAUAAACGACAAUGACCCGGUCUUCAAUUCCCUGAGCUACAGCGAAAAGAUCUCUUCCAAUGCCCAGAAGGGCAGGAUCAUUCUCCGUGUUGGUGCGACAGAUGCAGACAUCGGUGACAACGCCAGAAUCUCGUACUCUCUGAUAAAGAAUGGCAAUGGCGUGUUUGGUAUCUACGAAGAGAACGGUCUGAUUUUCCUGAAAAAAGCUCCAUCUGUCACUCAUUACGAACUGCUGGUCAGAGCUCAGGACCAUGGAGUGGAACCCAGAAAUGCAACGGCCAGUGUGACCAUCGAUGUCGCCUCUGAGACCAGUGAGCCACCCACAUUCGACGACGAUGUGAUGUCUCCGGGUUACCAUUACCGAGUGGCCGAAACGGUCAACCCAAACUCUCAGGAUGCCAUCAUCACCACACUGACCUGCAGGUCCAACAUGGACAAUCCCAGGGUCCAGUACUUUUUGGUGGACUCCCGCGACAUUGUGCAGUCACAGCAAGCUGGCAACUUUGCCAUCCGAGAGUACCAGGAGGGGGGCCGCUACAAGGUGGACGUGAUGGUGGCCGCACAGCUCGACUACGAGAAAGCCAAUCAGCACACCAUCCAGCUGCGCUGUCAGAACUUUGGCGGCCUGACCAUGUAUGAGCAGAUCACGGUGACGGUAGACGUGGAGGAUCGCAACAACAAGGUGCCCUACUUUGAGGGCAUGGACAGCAAUGGCCGCUAUGCUGGGAGUGUGUUCGAGAACACCAACGCCGGUGCUCUGGUCAUUGAAGUGCAAGGUUAUGAUGAUGAUGUUACUCCCAGCUACAAUCAGUUGGUGUUCCGGCUUUCGGAACAGAGCUAUGACGGUGUUUUGAAUGACUUUGAGAUCCGCAACUUACCUGGCAACAAGGCUGGCAUCCACACCAAGCGACCAUUCGACAGAGAGGAACAGCCUCGUUUCUUCCUCACCGUUAUUGCUGAUGACCAGAGUCCUUCUGACAGGAUCAAUCACAAACCUCCAGGCAGUUCUAAUACAGCAUCGGUUAUUGUGCAGGUGACCAUCACAGACAAGAACGACAACCCUAUGGAGUUCCGUCAGUCGCUGUACACUCACACGGUAAAGGAGACAGCUAGCAUUGGGCAUGUCAUCUUUUCGGUCACUGCAGACGACAAGGAUGAAGUGGACAAAGGUCAGCUGAAGUACAGUUUCACCAGCCCGGACGACAUCCCCUUUGACAUCCGGGACCAGACGGGAGAAAUUGUCGUUACAGGCAAGCUGGAUUAUGAUGAGGGUGUCAAGUCUUACUUACUGACCCUGGAAUCGCGAGAUGCGGAGAACUUUUAUUCAGCCACCACCCAAGUGAAGAUUGACAUUCUGGACGAGAACGACAACCCGCCUGUGUUUGAGCGGCCGGAGUACAUCAUUGACGAUAAAGUGGUGGAAGAGGACCAGAGCAUUAGCAAAGAGAGUCCUAUGCCGCUGAUACAGGUGAAAGCGACGGACAAGGACGUGGCCCGUACCACCAACAUGCGCUACCGCCUCCUCGGGGAGGGAACUGAGGCCGGGGACAUGCAGCUGUUCACCAUUGACCAGCGCACAGGUCAGAUAUACCUGGUGGGCAUCCUCGAUCGCGACACCAAGUCGGAGUACAUCUUCACGGUGGAGGCCACGGACGAAGACCAGGAGCCACAGAAGGGCUACACCAACAUCAAGGUCAAGCCGCUGGACAUAAACGACAACAAGCCAAAGUUUGACCAGAACCGCCUCACGGGAGAGGUCUUUGAAAACACGGAGCCAGGUUGUCCAAACCUCGACAACUGUCCGCCCAUAGCCGUUGUCAUGACGACAGAUGCGGACUACGGAGAAAAUUCCACCAUCGACUACGAGAUUGUUAGCAGUCCAGCUGAAAGGACAGGAGGUCGCUACUUCGACAUAGAUGCCCAGGGACGCAUUUUCUCUCAGGUGGAGGCGAAGUUUCUGGAUAGAGAGACAAGGCCAAAGUUUGAGGUUGUGGUGAGAGCUAAGGACAGAGGUCCCGAGCCGCAGACAGCCACAGCGACGGUGAUCAUCACGCUGAAGGACCGCAACGACAACCCACCAAAGUUCACACAGAGGGAGUAUCAAGUGUCCAUGUCUGAGCACCAGGAGGAAGGUAUCGUGACUGAAGUGCAUGCCACAGACCUUGACAUUGGGGUGAACGCAGAGCUACAGUUCUCCAUGUCAGAGCAGGCUGCCCUCGUGGGUUAUUUCAAAGUGGACACUAUAGACAACCACGGCGCCAUAUCCGUCUAUCAGCCUGUGGACUUUGAGAAACUGAUGGACCCAGUGUUCCGGCUGGAGAUCAUUGUGCAGGACAAGAACCCGCUCCACCGCGACACGGCCACCGUGGUCAUCACUGUGGAGGACUUCAACGAUGAGGCGCCCAAGUUCAAGGAUGAAUACAUGGAAGUGGAAAUUGAGGAGAACAGAGAACCUGGAAAAGUGAUAGCCACAUUUGAAGCCACGGACGCUGACUCUGGAAUAAACGCCAUGUUUAGCUUCCUGAUAGACCGCGACUCUGACCGGCGCCGUGAGUUUGUGAUCCACCCAGACACAGGCGUUGUGCAGACACGCAAGAAGCUUGACCGAGAGGUGCAGGCCAGUAUGUUUGUGGUCAUCAAGGCUGUGGACAAAGGUGACCCACGCCAAACAGGGACCGCUACUCUUGAAGUGACUGUCACGGAUACGAAUGACAACUUCCCUGUGUUCAAGGAGGAUUACCGACCGGUUGUUAUGGAAAACAUGAAGAAAGGGGACGAAGUUACGGUACUGGAGGUGUUUGCUGUGGACCAUGACACCUUGAUCUAUGGACCGCCCUUUGGCUUCGCUCUGCCAGACAACUGCUCCGCGCUCGCCUGCAGCCACUUUGACCUCACACCCAAUGAUGAUGGCGACGAGCGUAGAGGGACGGCCAUUAUCACCACGCGGUCUGUGUUUGACCGCGAGGAGCACAAGUACUACGAGCUGCCGAUCGUCAUGUGGGACAUGAGGGACAAGAACAGCGACAAGGCCCGCACGGGGACCAACACGCUCACCAUCGUCAUAGGCGACCAGAACGACAACCCUCACUUCCCUGGCCACCAGAACGUAUUUGUUUACAACUAUAAAGGAAUGUUUGGGCCACUCCAGAUAGGUAGAGUUUAUGCUGAAGAUCUGGAUGACUGGGACUUGCCAGACAAAACCUUUACAUUCCUCUCUCCACCCAGCAUGAAGAACUUUUUCAGCGUGGACGAGGACACGGGGGACAUCACCAUGAAGCGCGGCGUGCGUGCCAACUUUGGGGAGGAGCCGUACCAGUUCAAGGUCAGCGUCCACGACAAGAAGACGGUGGUCAGCACGGUGGCCGUCACGGUCAAGGACCUGUCUGAUGAGGCUGUGCAGAACUCGGGGGCUGUCCGACUGGCAGGUGUUACUGCCGAGGAGUUUAUCCUGGAGCCCAAGGACAAACGGACAGGGCGCCGCACGGACAGUCUGUACACCCAGUUCCGGAUGUUGAUGAUGCAGAAGCUGGGCUACGACAGCAUCGACCACGUGGAGAUCAUCACGCUCCUCAACGGGCCGGACUACCUGGAGGUUCGCUACGCCGCCCAUGGCUCUCCGUACUUGUCCUCGGCACAGCUGGACAACAUCAUCAUCAUGAACAAACAGGAGUUUGAGGACCUGGGUGUGUCGGUGCUGACCGUGCCCAUCGACAACUGCCAGGAGGAAGUGUUUGAGGGCGGAUGCUACAACAAGCUGGUGGUGACGGGCCAGCCGGUCCUGGUCAACGCAAACGGCACCAGCUACGUGGGCGUGGAGGCUUACACUGUGGCCGCUGAGGGCUGCAAGUCGGACGAGUUCCCGGAGAAGAACAACUGCGACGGAGGCUACUGCUUCAACGGGGGGACAUGUGUCAAGGAUAACUGGGGCACCCUCUCAUGUGUGUGCAUGGAUGAAUUUGACGGGCCGCGUUGUCAGCAGAGGAGUCACCACUUCGACGGGAAUAGUGUCGCAUUUUACCGCACCUUGGAGCAGUGCGAGGACUCUCAGACCAGCCUGGACUUCAUGACUGCCCAGGACGACGGAGUCAUCUUGUACAACGGGCCCCUGGUCAACAUUGACCCUCUUGAGAGCCCCCAGGAUUUCAUCUUCCUGUUCCUGCGCGGCGGUUUCCCCGUUCUCCUGCUGGACCACGGCACUGGGGUGAUGGAGCUGACUCUGGACGGCACUGACAAACACGGCAGUCAGCUCAUGAAGAAACUCAGUGACGGCCGCUGGCACCACAUCGACAUCAACAGGAAAGGAAAGAUGGUGGAGCUGGUGGUGGAUCGGUGCAGCACGGCGGAGUCGCAGCGUCAACACGUGCAGGAUGAUAAGGCGUGUCGUGUGCGCGCGGAAACACCGGGGGAGAACACGUUUCUCAAUGUGGACACGCACCUUCACCUGGGUGGCGUGCAGGCUGCCAAGCCUCUCAAUCACCUGUCAGGACACCCCAUCGUGGGCUUCAACGGCUGCAUCAAGAACUUAGUCCACAACAAAAGGCUGUACGACCUGCACUACAAGCCUGUGUCUGGCAUCAAUACUGGGAACAACGGCUGCCCACCGGAGGCUGAGUUCUGCGGGCGGGGGAGCUCCAAGCCGGAGUGUGGCUUCAACGGCAUCUGUGAGUCCUCGCUCAGCGGGCUGGUCACCUGCCAGUGUCUGCCUGGAUGGUUCGGCAAGUCCUGUGACAAACCGGCCACAGUGCGAGACUUUGGCAAGAAAAGUUACUACCUGUGGAUGAUGAAGGAAGAGCUCUUUUCCUCCCAGCGACUCAGUCGCAACCGAGAGAUCAGCGCACAGCUCAUGUUCCGGACGAGGGAGACCAAUGGCAUCUUGUUGGAUAUGUACGAUUCUUCGUCAUCAGAGUCUGCUCGGCACAUUCAGCUCAAGCUUCAUAAUGGCAAAGUCAGGUUACAGUUCAACUUGGGUGACGGCGACAAAACUUUGGAUCUGGAGAAUGCCCAGGCCAACAAUGGUCGGUGGCACCGUCUGCGAAUGGACCGCUACGGCACUGAAUUCCAUCUGCGGCUGGAUGGCGGAGAGGGGCGUAACUACGCCUAUCGGUUGGGCUCUGAAGGAGGGACAGAGCUGGAGGUGUUCAAAGUGAGCCGCAUGGUGUUCUCGGGAGCGGUCAAGCAAGGCCUGGGGCUCUCCUCGGUGCUCCGGGAGGACCUCAUCAGCACUUGUAUCCAGGAUGUCCGUAUCAACGACGGCUACUUCGCCAUGACGGACGCCGAGGGCAACGACCCCGAUACAAUGGCGCGGGUGGAGGAGAACCGCAACACACGGGAAGGAUGCGUGCGCGAGGACUGUCUGCGCCACAACUGUAAGGUCAACACGAUCUGUGUGCCGCUCUGGGAGUUCCACGAGUGCCGCUGCCUCCCGGGUUCUCGUAAGGUGGGCAACGACUGUUUCUCCAGCUGCAUCCCCAACCCGUGCUUCAACAACGUGACCUGCAGCAUCGUCAACAGCGACAUCAAGUGUCAGUGUCCGCCAGGCUGGCGCGGUCAGUUCUGUGACGAGCUGGGCCCGGAGGAGGUCAAGAGCGGGGACCUGUCGGAUGGGGCUCUGGUCAUCAUCUUGGUGUCGCUAAUUGUGGUUAUAUUGCUGGCCCUUAUCGUGUUCCUGCUGUGGAGGUUCUGCCCGCACCGCGACGAGGGGGAGAAAUACAUCCUGGAGGUGGACGCGGAGGAUGACAUCAGGGAGAAUGUGAUGAACUAUGACGAGGAAGGAGCUGGAGAAGAAGACCAGGAUGCCUAUGACCUGUUCAGACUGCAGCGCGCUAACUUUGAGACGCCGGGUCGACCAUACGACAUGGAGCGACGGAUGGACAUGAAACAAUCGAAUGCAGGCCCAGACAAACCGGAUGUAGGUAACUUCAUCGACGGUCGCAUGAAGGACGCAGACAACGACGAUGGGGCCCCGCCGCACGACGCCGUUAGAGAGUUCAACUUUGAGGGCGGGGACAGCGAGGCGGGCAGCCUGAGCAGCCUGAGCACCAGCAGCAGCGAGCGCGCUCACGAGUACGACUACCUCAACGACUGGGGGCCCAAGUUCUCCAAACUCGCCGACAUGUACGGGGCGGGCCAGGACUUAGAGGAUUGGUGAUUCCUGCCUAGAUUAGAGAGACAAGACUUUUUGUAGGAAGCUAAGCAAUCGGUGAUUCAUCCCUGAGUUAUACAUGACUCAUUUGUGAGAAUCCGUGCAACUGACGAUUCAUCUUUUUGAAUGGAAACAUGGGUUAUCAGGAAAAUUAACGCCAUUCGUGAUUCGUCGGUGAGGUAAAAGUUGACUUAUCAUUAUGAGAAGCUAUUUCAUUCUUUAGAGGAAUUAUUAUUUGAGUGCGAAUUUAACGCACCUUGUGAGAGAGUCCAUGUCAUCCAUCCAGUGAACAACUUUUUUCAGCUCUUUUGCGUGAGGUGAAAAGGGAUUUGCCUCGACAAUCAAUCAAAUGUGGACUGUGAAAGCCUUAACAAGAUGUGAGUAACUGGUUGUCAUGGAGUGAGCGACUUUAUACAGCAUGUGUCCAUACCACAUACCCUCACUCAAGCUUAUGCUCUUGGAGAUGUUGAAAUAUUGAAAUGGUGGGGGGAUCUACAGGUUUCUUUUGUGGAUGCUGGGUUCUUCGGAAAGAUACUUUUAAUCUUUGUGUGCCCUCACCCGUGGUGGAAAAUGGAUGUCUGUGUCUUCUGGAGGUAAUCCCAUGUCGAAAUAGCAUCCUGUUUAGGAGAAAGUGAUGUCAAGUCCUCUGUUUGACCCCUCGCUCUGGACACUUGGAUUACGCUUGGAUUAGCCCAAUCUUUGUGGGUCUUCAAUGUCUGGGAGGAAGGUAACUUUUCCUAAAUUUAAAGUUGUUGAGCACAGACUUGCGGAUUUGGUUUUAUUACCUUUCCAACUCCGUGGAUGUGCUAUCUCCAAAUUACAGAAUAUUCUACGGACGCAAGUAUGAAGCAUUAACUAGUCACAGAAAUCAAAUCUGGCUGUUAAAAAUGUAUCCUAUUCAACAGGUUUCUCCAUGAGACAGAGUUUUUUUAAAUGGAGAAAAAGCCUUGAUUCCAUAAAAUUAUUUUUAAAUGGUGUGUGGCUGCAAAUGUGUUUGUGAGGAUGAAAUGCAAAGAUUGUAAUCGAGUGUUUGCUGUGCUGCUUGUGUUGAUGUCAGAGCAUGCCCGUCUGAAAGUUGCAGGUGUUUGGCACUUAUGUGUUUGGGGCCCCCUGAUGAAUAAAUCUAUAUUUUUGUACUAUGCUGUAAACCUUUGCCAUGAAUAUUGAAUGUUGUUGCAGGUACGAAGGGAUAUGCUCGGUAGGUGUGCUAUGAUUGUAUGGUGUCGGUGCUGGUAGGCAAUGAUAACUUUUACAGUAAGCUUGCCAUGGAUGUUGACUGUCGUUGCAAGGAUAAGGGAUGUUUUUGGUAAACUUGCUAUGAGUGUUGAAUGUUAUUAAUCGUAAUGAUAAAUAAGAAUGGUAUGGGUGCCCUCAUCGUGGAGAGGAUUUGAAUGGAAAAAAAUCAAUCCUUGGCCCAGUACCUUAUAGCAGUGGACAACUGUUUUGUGCCCAGAAUCGCUCAAGAAAGGAAAAUUCAUUAUUUCUGUGUUUUUUUUCUAAACAGCCGAAGUGAUUCGCCUUCCAAUUCUCAUCCAUGUGUAUGGUCUGUAAGCUUAAAGUGGAUGAGCCGUGGUAUAAGAGUGAAGUUUACGAUAGUGGCUGGAGUUUCUGGUGUGACGGUCGUUCUUUUGAUGAAACAAUGACGUGAAGUUUGUGCGGAGGCUGCAGGUUCUGGAAUCUUUCUACACUUGUUGCCCUUUCCCGACCUACUCAACACUGCUGUCCCUCGUCACACGUCGCUGGGCGGUUACUGCCAGUGACUCGGGCGGUUGUGCCGCAGUGCCAUGUGUGACUCGGACGGAAAAAUCAAUGUGUUCUGUUCUUUACAUUUUUUACGUUUUGAUCAUCAUGAGCUGGCCAGUACUAACCCACUCAGGCUUUGUCUAGCCUGUGUUGUUUCAUUGCCUCGGACUGACAGAAUGGGGGCCUGGGGUUAAAAAGUUCCAUUUACAUUCGCUAUUUAAUGGUUUCUGGUAAAGUAUUUUCUCUUAUGAACUGUGCAUACUCAUAAAGUCCAGAAAUUCUAGGUGCAGUUUUAGUAAGUGAAAGGGAACCAAUUGAAUAUAAUCCUUGAUGAGAAAUGACAUUUAAGACGUCUGUUAUGUUCAAAAGUACUUGCCUCCUCUUUAGUUUACAUUUGGUGUGUUAUAAUAGAUUGACUGUACUAGAAGAAUACUAUUUUAUUUAGAAAGAUCCUUUAUCGUGCAAAACAGACUUAUUUUGUAAAUAGAAAUGUGCUAGAAAAUUCCAUCAUGCUUGAGAACAAAGCUAUUACUUUUGUCAUAGUUCUGAGAUGUAGGAGUAAGAAAAGAUUGGUAUUAUUUUGUAAUUGAAACGUUUUGACUGCAGGCCUGCAAACUGUUUAGUGAAAUCUUUAUUCUGAAUCUGAAUUGUCUGUUCUGUCGGUCAUUAGGCAAAUGCUCACUCUUGUCACUCUUUGGUUGGGUCCAGAUAUUGACACAACCUCCCUUGGUUCUCUCCCCUAAGUUCAAGUCCACACAGGCUUUGGGUAAAAGCUGUCCGCCUAUGGCUGUGGUACAGAAUUCAUUCUUGAACAGUAUUGUUUUCUUCUUCAAAUGAAUUUACAGAAAGACCUCGUUUGUUUCUGUGUCUUGUGUGUACAGGAAAAUAAUUUUUCAAAUGCAAACGCAUGUAAGAUGCAAGCUUAUAUUUAUUCAGCAUACUGCAAUAUUUUUGUUGGUUGUGAACAAUUUUGCUGAACUUUAUUGUAACUGGGUGUUGUGUUUGUUCAGUAAGUAUUGGGUUUUUACUGCAUGGUUGUUAUUUAUUUUCAAAAAAGUGUAUACGUAUACUUACUUCUGUUCAGCACUUUUAAAGUGCACUGGUUACGUACUUGAGUUUUCAGUCAAUAUCUGGUCUAUUUUUGGGUUGGACGAAUCAUUAACAAAUUUUUAUAUGAGGUUGUUAAUUGUUGGACACACAUGAAACGAAUAUAUUAUAUAUAUGGUGAAAAAUGGCUGUAUUUGAAACUCUACUUUACAGAUACCUAUAGUCUUGCUAAUAUGGUUAUACUCUGACUCUGUUAGUGUACAGAAAUGUUAGCCAUUUGAUCUGUGCUCACCUCCGUACUCAUGCUCUGAUGCGAUGACUGUGUUUAUGAAGUCUCAUAGGAAGUCUGAGUUGUGCACUCUGAUCCAGGGUGAAGUUUUGUAUAUUUGUUGUGAGGGUAUGUGGCUAUAGAGAAGGGGAAAUUUGGUCUUACAUAGUGCCACCAGUGGGAAUGUGAUGGAAGUCGCUCUUUCUGUAAUGUUGGCUGUAAGUUGUGUGGUAGUAUAAGAAAGCAGUCAUUGUGCAAGUUUAAUCUCUGACAAAAUGUUGAUGAUGUUAGUGAUUAAUGAUUUAUUAAAGUUCAUUUAAUGUACUGCCCAUACCCUUAUGACGCUACGCAUCUUACCAUAUUACACUAAUAUGAGGUGAACUAGCAAGCAUGUAAAUGUUCAGGGCAUCCUUAAGCUCUUGCAAAUUUUAAAGAUUGCUUUUAAAACCUCUUCCAUGCCAUAUUUAUAUUAUAUAAUAUGGAUGUACCUGGUACAUCAUGUAAUUGCACAAUUUUCCACAUCUUGACACACCAUUGAAUUCACAAUGCAUCUUAUUGAAAGGUUAAAGGGUCUCAUAUUACAGGAUUUGUUUCUUGGUGGUACAAGUUUUUAUGUUGCCCUAUGUGUCCAGUAACGGGGUAUGCUGACACUGUUUAUGUAAUCAUUGUAAUGAAAACGGGCAUGCGCUUUAAAAGUUUAGUCUCCCUAGCUUGAAAAAUGUUGGUAUGAACAAUAAAAAUAGAGGCUGAAUGACUGCUCAAGUAACACCUAUAACUUCAUUUACAAGUAGAAAAGGCAUACUUGAGCCUCCAAGAUAAGCAAUUAAACAAAUUUUUUAGGGGUCAUAGAUAAAGUUGAAGUGGAGAUGUGCUGACUGCAGCCGUUGUGUGCUGAGUACAACACGACAGGCAACUUGACUGGCAUUGUGUUCUCUGGCCAGAUCCAACUUUUAAAACAUCUUCAUGUUCUCUUUUCUCAUACUGAUCAUGCUGCUCUCAUGUCUUUUCGCCAUCUGAAGACGACACAUGCCAAAGCAGAUUUUUAAAGAAUCAUUUCAUUAACCUCACAAACCUCACACAAAAUCUUGAGAAAAGGACUGUGACUGAAGGAGGUUCGAACCUCCAGCCUACCUGUGUGUGUGUGUGUGUGUGUGUGUGUGUGUGUGGUCAGGGUGUGCCCUGAUGAUGAUUUGCCUUACAGCAUCUAGCACACGGAGACUCCACAGCAGCACGGGGGGAGAACACAGAGGGAUGAGUCCGCUCCCCCUUCCUUGUAGAGCAUUCCAUGCAUUAUUUAUCAUAUUUUGUAUCAAUUUGUGUCCCCAUCCCAAUUGUUGCCAUCUCAAAACAUCGGCCUUGCGGACAAUUCGCAUACCUUCAAAAUUGGUUUUUCACACUCUGAGUGCUUGUUUCAAAAUUUGGACCUAAACAGAUAGAUCUCCAUAUAUGCGAGUUGAGAAAUUUGUGAAUAGUAUAGUGUUAUGAUUUUAGCAUGCUUGCAGACUUGGCAUGAGUAUUCAAUAGCAAAUAUUUUUUUUUCUCUAUUUAUUCUGGGUAGCUUGUCCUUUUCAAAUUAAUGCCCAAGUAUGUCUACUAUGGACUGUGUACAGUUCUGAUUUACCUGUAACUAUUGUUUAAAUGUACUUUUUGAUUUUGUUUCCUGGUAAUUUGAGGUUUUGUAGAGUAUGUGGGUUGUUUGCAACGCCGAUAAAAUGUUCCGUCUCAAAGAAAGAACCAAGUCAUAUCACGAUAUAGGGAGGGUACCAUCAAAUUCCCCCCAUGCACUUUUGCCAUAUAGCACCCCAAUACAGUUCACAAAACGCCUGACCAGAACCAUGUGUACUGACCAUUGCCUCCAGGGGGCAUAAGUCUGCUAUUGCUUGUUGCCAAGUGACAGCUGAAUGACUUGUGACAAUUGGCGUAUGAUGUGAUGUCUAUUGAAUGACUUGAAGAAUGCACAGGGUAAUCAAAAUGCUUUUUGUGAGGUAAAGUGAGAGAGACUUAAAAUAAGUGAUGUUAUAAUAAUAAAUAUAGGAAUGAGGGGCAUAAGUCUGCUAUUGCUUGUUGCCAAGUGACAGCUGAAUACUUGUGAAAAUUGGCGCAUGAUGUCUAUUGAAUGACUUGAAGAAUGCCCAGGGUAAUCAAAAUGCUUUUGUGAGGUAAAGUGAGAGAGACUUAUAAAGUAAGUGAUGUAAUAUACGAAUGAGAGUGAAUUAAUUGAUAAACUUUGAAUGUUUAUAGGAAAAUAUAAUUAUUAACACAGAUUUUGAAUUUGUUUUCUAAUUUGCAAGGUUUAUGUGCAAGACAGUUUCAUAUAUGAAUGCCUGUGAAAUUAUCUUACGCAAAUUGUAUGUGAAAGGUUUAUACUCUGUGGUCAUUACAUAUUUCUGAACAUUUGAGAUAUCCCUGAAGGAAGAAUCAUUUAUUUAUCUCUUUUGCCUCCUUGCAAGAAAGGUCCUCAGAGAAGCAGACGUUUUUGAGUGUGUAUUAGCUCUGUUUGUUGCCUUGCAAUGUUCAUUGAGAGGGAGGGGAGUCGGGGAUGGCUGAUUGUUUAACCAUUCAAGUCAGCUGAUAAACGAGUCGGGGAUGGCUGAUUGUUUAACCAUUCAAGUCAGCUGAUAAACGAAUCGGGGAUGGCUGAUUGUUUAACCAUUCAAGUCAGCUGAUAAACGAAUCGGGGAUGGCUGAUUGUUUAACCAUUCAAGUCAGCUGAUAAACGAAAGAGAUUAGUUGCCAAGAAUUUUGAAUUUUCUCUCACGCUGUGUUCAUGACGUACUUAACAUAUUUUACAUUGUUCCAAACAUGAAUCAUUAUGAGUCAAGUCUCACCCCAGUCCUCAUGACUUCAGUAUUUCCGUAGUGCCACUUUUCUGGAAGUUUUCACUCCCUGACUUGAACAUAUUUGUGAAUGAAAGUGUACGUCCCUGUUUAUGUACAAUGUGAACAUUUCUUUUCGCGUAAGUUCUCCUAAUUUCUGAAAAUUUUGCAAGAAUGAGAAGAUGUCCAUCAACCAUUUUAUUUCCUGUAUUUAUGUUCAACCCUCAAUGGAGCAUGGUAGUAUUUGUGUUUUUGUACUUGCUUCUUUAUCUGUUUAGUUCCCUGUUUACCUUCAUUAAUAGUGACGUCUUCUUAUGACUAUGGUCAUUAUCAACUCACAAAGUUUGAACGAUGUUUAACUAUCUUGUAGAUUUAUUAUUUUUUUGCAAGGUUGCUUUUUCCCCGUGUCUGAUCUUCGUCUUCAUAAAGUUCUAAUCAACUUUUUAAAGUGUUGUAGUCUCUGCAGAAAUUUUAUAAUGACAGAAUAUUUCGGUGACUCUUGAUGCAAGGUUGUACUGUGCUGCACGUCAAAUCACAAAGUUUGAACGGUGUCCUAUCAUGUGGAGUUUUUGUGCUUUGCAAAGUCGGUUUUUCCUCCCACAUCUUAUCCUUUUGAAGCCUUCAUAAAGUUACGAAUCGACCUCUCAAAGUGUUGUGGUCUUUGCAGCAAUACGAUAAUGGCAGAUGGUUUCGAUGACUCUUGAUGCAAUUGUUAUACUGUGCUGCAAUUCUGGUUGAAAAGGGGGGAGGGGUGUGAAUAGUUCAGCGAAACAAAUAUUAUUUACACCUCCAAUUCUAACAUAACUACGCAGGUCUUUUCCCCGCUGACAACUACAAUACAGGUUUGUCUGUGUGCUAGCUCAGAAAUGUGCCCCAACCCCCUUUUGCUCACUUUGUUUGAUCCUUCGUUAUGGUUAUGUUCAUCAGCCUUAACUGUCAGACCUUGCCGUCAUGCCCACUCCUUACCUCUUAAAAUCCUAUGUGUGCUUACCUUGCCCUGAAUUUUCUUGCCAUGAAAGGCAGAAGCACACCUUUAUGUGAAUCUUUCUAGUUAAGAUAUUCCCUAAAAAAUUUAGCUGAUCAGAGUUGGAAUUGCGUUUCUCUAGUUAGUAUUCAGAUUUAUGUUUGAUUGCUUUUAUUUGUGAAGGUCAAAAGGUCAGCAUGGUAGUAUUGUUCAGUCUGCACCAGCCUUAAUAAUAGCCACUAGUAUUGCCCUAUAUAUACACCAGUUCCUGUCAACAUUUUUAUAGCCAGCGCCUACUUUUGCCACAUUUAAGCGAUUAAAUUUUCGUACCGCCCACCUACAUCCAGCGGGACAUAAAAUAACACCGGUCACUACCUAUAUGAUCCCCACUGCCCACCAAAAUUACCAAAUUGCCCAGUAGUGUGUGUGUGGUACUGCCCAGGUUGGCAAGCACUGCCUUAUAAAGCUCUCUGUGUGUUCUUCCUCUUCUAGUGCACUCUUUACAUUUGUCCUGGUCACAUGGCCUUUGCAUCGACACAUUUCUUGACAACCCUGUGAUGCCUUCCUCAUUGUACAUCAUUAUGAUGUGUGGGUGGGUGGUACUCUGGAGCAAGUUCACCCCCUUCCACAUUGUUUCAAGUGUCACUUAAUAAGUCCUUCUCUGCUUCCUGGUGAAAUGUGGCUGUCAUCUCGCUGACUCGCUGUAAAAGACAGCCUAAAUAAAUGUAUUUUAGAGCCACACAAACACGUACACACAUGCCACCUUGUCCUGUCAGUGUCUUGUCAUAGGCUGGAGUUUGGGGUUGUCCAGUACAUAUCUUGUGAUUAAAUUCUACAGUGCUCCUGCACUAUAUCAUCCCAGUGAAUUUCAAACAGAUUUAUUCGUUAUAUCCUUUUUCUACGUUUUUGAAUUUUUCAAUUGUUGUGUUGUGAAGGACAAGGGUCUGGAAUCUCAUUUCUUUGUAAGUAUUAAGCCCCUUUCCGACUCGUGGGCUUUGCAUCGUGAGCUGUCCCCUACAUUAUGUAUAUCCAUUCGAAACAAAGGGAGCUAUGAUAGUUCAGUUGGUAUAAUGCUUUAACUACAGUGCAAAUGGCCAAGGUUUAAAUUCCAAAUGGAAGUUUUUGGACAGUUUGUGUAGGGAGUUUUUAUUUAUGGUACCAUAAAUUUCAAAAUGGCGGUCAGUGCUGGUUGUGUUUCAUGUAAACAGAAUUGGUACAGAUUUUUUUUGGUGGAAGUUUCUAUUGGGACUUAAGCUCUAGGUUUGGGUAUGUGUAGAGAAAUGGUGUCAGUUGUAGUUGUUUACUGUACAAACCAUGUGCUGUGUUAUGGACUCGAGAGUUGAGAAGUCGUCUUGUCUGAAAGCAACCGUAGAUCCUGAAUCCAUCCAGUGUGUUUAGAAAGUGUGGAAGUCCUCAUUGUUUAGAUGUGGUUCACAAACACGAGUUCUUGAAUCGUAAUAUGUGUCAGUUAAGAUUCUCUGUCAGUCCAAUAAUUGAACCUCUCCAAUUAACUGAAUGUAGUCUUAGAAAUUACGUUGGUUAUGUGGGUUCUGAAAAGCAUGCGUGUUGUGAUUGCAGAACAUUGACCUACAAUGGACUAAAAACACUGACCCAGGGCUUACGUUCUGGUGUGAUAAUGCUUUACUUUUCCUUUCCUUCUACCUCUUGGUGCGGGUGCUUGAUGGCUGCUCCUGUGUUGCCUGCUCCUUGUACUUCUUUUUAUCGUAUUUAUUGUUCUUUUCUAUGCCUGGCAAAAAUGUGUCUGGUGUUGUGCUGAUUGAGAGAAAACAAAAGCUUGGACGAUAUCCCGUUAUAUGUGUAAUGUUGUCCAAAGUGGAGAGGUGGCACAAUGUUACCUUUUGUGUACAGUCAUCAAUUUGUCAUGGCCCCAAGGCCUCAGUUAUCGUUUUAACAUUUGGUUCAGCUAGCCAAAUGACGUUGACUGCACUCUGUUCCCCUGUGGAAUUUGUAGCUUACGUUUUGUAGAAUUGCGUACAAUGCUUCAAUGUUACUACAUUGUCUUGUACGAGUUUUAAAAGAAUAGUCAGUCCCUGUUUCAUUCUGUCCGAAACUGGAUUCAUUAGCUUUUUGCCCUGGGCUGUUGUGUCCUCUUAGUGAAGUUAUCAAGGUUACUGUCACAGGAGAGGAUUUUAAGGCAUGGUGAAAAAGAUUGGUGAAACAGGGACAUGUUCAAGUCCAUGUGUUUACUGUCAGUCGAACUUGGACUCGUUUGUUGUAUAUGAUUUCACAGUGUUAAAUGAUAGCUUUAAUGGAUGACAUUCACAUUAUAAGAGAACAGAGAAGAUGUAUUAAUUUAUUGAAAGCUGUACUCAAGUUUGAAAAUAGUUUGCUGCAAGGUUUGAGGCCAUAUCUCACUUGGUUGGUGUGUUGCGUAAUUCGGCAAACAGCCCUUGGCAGGAAAGAAUAGGAUAAGAUAAUGAUUAGGUGAUUCUGAAGCGUCUGUUGUUGCUCAAUACAUUGUUGAGGGGACUGUAGGCCCCCCCCCCCCCCCCCCAGACCUGACCAUCGACUCGCGAUAUUAUCUCCCUUUGUUACUACCAUGACUUGCUCUCAUGAUAUUACUGUCAGACGGAGAAUUAUGCAACGGUACUGGAGGUGAGCGUUCUUCUAUGAGUUGUGUUGAUUUUGACUCUCAGAUGUGUGUAUGAAUGUAAAAAUGAUUCACAUACUGUAGUAAUUCCAGAACCAUGCUUUUAGACAUGAAGUCUUUUAUUUUUAUUUUAGAAUUUUAAUCAUGAGCUUCUUGUAAAGUGCAUCAUCAUCAUUUUGCCUCCUCCAUUGUGAUUAGUUAUCUCAUGAGUACUAACAGUGCUGACAUUGUGCUUGUUUGAGUUUUGCUUAAUCUCCUCAAUCAACUGAGAUUUACUUUGUGAAUUUAACAUUUUGUGUUCAUGACUGUCUUCAUCCUAUUUUAAUUUUAUUUAUAAGAGAUUUGGUUGUUGGGCGAAAAGCCUGUCUGUGUUUCCUUAUGCAAAGUUUAGCAUUACCCUUCCCAUCUGGUUGCACAUCGUAGGUUCGAGGCUGCAAUCAAAUCUCAUCAUGACAACCUCUUUGCCGAUAUAUCUCUACUCUACAGGCAAUGGGUUUAUUCUUUGUUUCUUCUCCGUCUUCAAAGAGAAGGUUUGUUGGUCAGUCGCAUGUCAUUUUUUCUGGUCUGCUGUAUCUUACAGGAUUAAAUUAGUUAUUGUUGUUUGGACUUGUUUCCGGCCAAAAUAGUCAUAUCUCUGGUUAUGAAAUGCACCAAAAAAGUCAAUCAAAUGAAAAAAUUUCGAUACAUGGUUUUUAUUUUAUAUUUAUGGUCUGUUUCCGCUACAUUUAAUUGAAAACAUAAAUUUCUCUGUUUAAAAGUAUUGAUAAUGUGCUAAAUUUGAUGUCAUCUUAGGCACAAGAAUUUUCAUAAGGUUUCGUUUUGCUGUUAAUUCAAGUUUUACCUUGGUUACUUGAA